UGCCACCCCGUUGCAGUGCAGGCUUGUUUUUGACGAGUCAUUUUAGUCGCCUCGCAAAAAAAGCAAACUAAUAAAACGAAACUCACUGCUAGACGGAAACAAUGCCGUACAACAUGGACGUACUGAUGCCGGAGAAGGACGAGCUUUCCGACUUGAAACCGAAGGAUGCGCACAGUUCUCUUGACGAACUGGACACGGAGGAUCUGUAUGUGCGCUACAAGAAAUUGCAAAAGACCCUUGAAUUCAUAGAGGUGCAGGAGGAGUACAUCAAGGACGAGCAGCGGAAUCUGAAGAAGGAAUACCUCCACGCCCAGGAGGAGGUGAAGCGUAUUCAGUCGGUGCCGCUGGUGAUCGGCCAAUUCCUGGAGGCCGUCGACCAAAACACAGGCAUUGUGGGCUCCACCACCGGCUCAAAUUACUAUGUGCGCAUCCUGUCCACCAUCGACCGAGAACUGCUGAAGCCCUCCGCCUCGGUAGCCCUGCACAAGCACAGCAAUGCCCUGGUAGAUGUUCUGCCGCCGGAGGCUGAUAGCUCAAUUUCAAUGCUGCAGCCGGACGAGAAGCCCGAUGUGAGUUACGCGGACAUUGGUGGCAUGGAUAUGCAGAAGCAAGAAAUCCGGGAAGCAGUGGAGCUGCCUCUGACCCACUUUGAGCUUUACAAGCAGAUCGGUAUUGAUCCGCCGCGCGGAGUGCUCAUGUACGGCCCGCCUGGAUGCGGCAAGACCAUGUUGGCCAAGGCGGUGGCACAUCACACAACGGCCUCGUUCAUUCGCGUUGUCGGAUCGGAGUUCGUGCAGAAGUAUCUAGGUGAGGGACCGCGCAUGGUUCGCGACGUCUUCCGGCUGGCCAAGGAGAACGCUCCAGCCAUUAUCUUCAUUGACGAAAUUGAUGCAAUUGCCACAAAGCGAUUCGAUGCACAGACAGGCGCUGAUCGUGAGGUGCAGCGCAUCUUGCUCGAGCUACUGAACCAGAUGGAUGGCUUCGAUCAGACCACCAACGUCAAGGUGAUCAUGGCCACCAAUAGGGCCGACACUCUGGAUCCUGCCCUGCUGCGACCUGGUCGUCUGGAUCGAAAGAUCGAGUUCCCGCUGCCCGAUCGUCGACAGAAGCGGCUCGUCUUCUCCACCAUCACAUCAAAAAUGAACCUCAGCGAGGACGUUGAUCUUGAGGAGUUUGUGGCGCGACCGGAUAAGAUCUCUGGCGCCGAUAUCAACGCUAUUUGCCAAGAGGCGGGCAUGCACGCUGUGCGCGAGAACCGCUACAUUGUCCUGGCAAAGGACUUUGAGAAGGGAUACAAAAAUAAUAUCAAGAAGGACGAGCAGGAGCACGAGUUCUACAAAUAGAUUAAGCUUAACAUUUUUUCCCACCCAUUGUCCCUAUACACUACACUUCUUUGUACGCCUAAAGUUAUAUAACAUUAAUAAAACAACUCGUAUUUGAAAAGUUA